AUGGGUAUCUCCAAUAGACGACAGAAGCAGGAUGCUAGGGUAACGGAACGGAAGACUUUGUUCUUAGACUUACCAGAACACAUUAUAACCUAUAUUGUGGACUGCUGCCGCCAGCGAGAGGUGUGCCAGUUAUCGCUUACAUGUAAAAAUCUCAACCAAGUCGCCACCAACAAGCUCUACCGUCACCUCUACUUCAUUGAGUUGAACCGCCGAAUCCCCACCCAAAGAGGCCAGAGCAGCUCACGCUAUGAGGUAUACCACGAUAGGGACAGGCACGAGCACUUGCGCCAGAAAUGGACCACCGUUUUAUUAUCAUAUGGACAUGACCUGUAUUCGUUUGCAGAAUCUGAAACGCAGGCCCAUAGACUACUUCGGUCAUUGAAGGAGAAUAGACGGUUGUUUCUGAAGAUUAAGUUUAUCUACACCACGGACUUUCAGUUCCUCAUGUUCAAUUUCAAAACUUGCUUCACAAAUGAGUACCAUUCCGGCUACCGAAAACUACAAAUUUUCAGCAAAAUCCAGUUCAUAUCAGUCGAUAGCUUGGCCCACAUUUUCGAUUUGGUCUGUCACCCAGGCGGGGAUAGUUUGGGGAGAGGCUUGGUCCAUUCGUCCGUUUCAGGCGGUGUUAGCUUAUGCGCUACGAACCACGAAACUAAGUUCAUCCAGAGCUUUGGACACCACCGAUUCAUAAACAAGCCCAUGUGGCCACCCCAAUUGAAGGAGUUGAUGAUUUUGUACAACUCCACAGAGAUGAUUGAGUUUCCGAUCCCCCCUAGUUUCCUCAAGAUAUUACAGCAACAAAUUAGGAAACUAUCGAUUCUUUCCAUGCACAAGUUGGGCUUAAAGGUUUUUGAGAAGCUCGCUAGUAUGGUUGCCGCAGGGGAUACCCAAAAAUUGUGGUUAGACGCAUUUGCCAUCUCUCACGUUCAUGGAAAUUCAAGAUGCCUCAAAACUUCUUUCUUGGAGGACAUUUUCCACUACGAGGCUGAAAAGGAAAUGUCACUCGAUUUCUCUCUUCUAGAUACCAUGAUUGAUGUGCCCGAAUUGCAGGAGUUAGAGCUUAGAAUCGGAUGCAACCAUUGCUACAAGCGAGAGGAAUUCGACGAGAAUCCUGAGUGCUUAUGCAUUGAAUCGUUCUUCAAAGAUUUAGGAGUAGCCCUAACCAAAGAUCCCAACAAGUUAGAGCGAUUGGCUGUCAUGAAGGUUUGUGACAACGUGGUGUACAAUACAACGGGGUUGGCUACCUUUAAAGAGUCUUUGAUCAGCAUUUUCCAGCCGUCGAUUUGUUCAAACCUCAAGUACUUGUACCUCAAUUUGAACUGUGAUUGCUAUCACUGUCAGUUAACAAAGUUGAAGUUAAACUUGUUGACCCGACACGAUGAAACGAUCGAGGUGUCGCUCUACGGUAGAAACCAAAUUGUUGAUUUUGCUGAAAGGAUUUUUGACCAUUUCAGUAUCAUAUUGAGCGUGAUCAAAGCUUCGGAUUUCCACAAAAACCAUCACCCUGAUUUUACCGGCUCGUACAAUGAAUACACAGAUUACACUCCCCACGCGUACUCUAAGAGCUAUACCUCCAAGGCCAGUAACGGUGAUGUAAUUACUCUUCACAACAUCUUCAGGCACCACGAGGUAGAGCAAAUGUUCCCUUACAAGCACCCGAAAUGCUACUGCAAAAAGAACGAUCUAAGGCUCAUUAUCACUAUGCUCGUCCAUGAGUUGAGGCACGACGUGGAGUACUUUGUCGACAAACUUCCCAAGUUGAAGGUUCUCAUUUUGAACGAAAUUUACUUUGAGGUUCAGUCUUACUUCGAUGAACUGAUCGGUGAGACGGUGAAGUUUGGCGAAGCUGUGUGUGACAAUUAUUAUGAUUUUAGUAAACCUGAAACGAGCAGGUUCUCGUUGAAUUCAGAUUCGUUGAAUUCUGUAUAA